AUGGAGCGAAAAUAUAAGCAGCUAAUGUCAAAUAAAUUGGCAAUUGUGAAUUUUUCAACAAAUACAAAGAAAACGGCGAAAAAUAAACAGACAAAAGGAUUUCUGCAAGCUCGAAAAUUAUUAUUAGAACAGUAUUGGACUAAAUUCAUAGAGAUUUAUCAACAAAUAAUUUGCGAAUGGACCCAAGAACAACAAGCUGCUGCCGAAAUUACAAUAGCUGAGGACUACGAAAUCGUCGAACGUACGUAUGCUGAGACAAUGGGGGAGCUUAAUGAUAUUUUGGAAACUUCAGAACCACAUCACGAAUCGUUGACUGAAACAUCAUUUCAAGUACAACACGUUGGCCAAGCUCUGCCUCGUAUCAAAGUGCCUUCGUUCGAUGGAAAUUUCCUCCAGUGGAUUCCGUUUAAGGAUUUAUUUAAUUCUCUCGUUAUAAGUAACACUGCGUUAACUAACACGCAGCGCUUACAAUACCUGAAAGAUAGUCUGACGGGCGAAGCUAAGAAUGCACUAGAUAAUAUUACAACGACUGAUGCUAAUUUUAAGAUCGCUUGGGAUCUACUGAAAUCAAAAUAUGAAAAUAAACGCGUUAUAAUUAAUGCACAUUUAACUGCUAUAACAAAGUUGCCUUCUGCUCAGAAGGAAUCUGCCUCCGCGCUGAGGAGUCUGCUUGACGGCGUAACAUCAUCGAUACGGGCGUUACAACAUCUUGGACGUCCCGUUGAGCAAUGGGACGAUUGGCUGAUUUUUACUAUCAUUCAUAAAUUGGAUCCCAUUACUCGAAAGGCAUGGGAGCUUUCCCUUAAAUCAAACGACAGCGUUCCGACAUUCAAGGAGCUAGAAGAGUUCCUUGCCAGCCGAACUCAGUCCCUAGAGAUAGUCCAGAGCUUCACUGAAGAUAAACCUCAUCCCUCUAGUAAAAGGGUUAACAACUUGCACGGUGUGUCUGGAUAUCAUACUACCUCAAGCCGUUGCUCUAGCUGUUCCGGUAAACACUUCAUUAUGUUCUGUGGGGACUUUCUCAAAUUGUCGCCUAAUGAACGAUACCAAUGUAUACUGAAGCGUAAGUUAUGCAUUAAUUGCCUCAGAAGCGGACAUCAACAAUCCGGUUGUACUUCUGCUCGACGGUGUUAUACCUGUAAUGCCAAACAUCACACAAUGCUUCACGAAUAUUUUGCUUCAACCACGGCUAAUAGCAGCACGAAUCCGGUGUCAUCGCAUCAUGUAAGUCAAUCAAAUCAUAAAUUUUCGAUUCCUCAAGUGAUACUUGGUACAGCAUUGGUUGAAGUGCGAUCUCAAUGUGGUCAUGUCAUUGUAUUGCGGGCUUUACUCGACAGUGGUGCAGAGGCAACAUUCAUAAGCGAAUAUGCAGUGAACUCCCUCUGCUUGCCUAAAUCAAAUGUUAAAGUGUCUAUUAAUGGUGCUAAUGGUAGUAGAGUCGCAACUGCCAAAGGACUAGUUACUUUCACACUACAUUCGCUCAAGAGUGACUUCAACAUGCCAUGCACAGCCCUAGUGCUACCUCGAGUAGGCAACAUCACUCCAACAUUGAAUAUCUCAAACAAUGAACUUCGGCAUUUUAAGGAUCUAGAUCUAGCAGAUCCUAAGCUUACUAUCCCUAAAUCCAUUGACAUAAUUCUCAACGCCGAAAAUUACGCCGCUGUGUUACUAAGCGGUAUACGUCGCAGCUCUCAUAACAAUCUGGUCGCUCAAAACACACAGCUGGGUUGGGUGGUCUUCGGAGGAUGCCAGGACCAUGCUCUAGUCACCCCGAAGAAUUCCGUCGAGUGUCACAACACUCAAAUUGAUCUCGAUCGAACUCUUCGUCGUUUCUGGGAAUUAGAGGAGCUAAAUUCGGCGACUAGCCUUACUGAAGAGGAGCGUUUCGUCGAAGAGCAUUUUCAAAACACAACAUGUCGACGGAAGGAUGGGCGUUACAUAGUACGCCUGCCUAUUAAACGUGACGUUGACUUGAAACAACUCAUCACUUCCCAAUGUGAUGCAGUUGCCCUGCAUGGAAACUUGCAAAGGCGCCUAUCUCGAGAUGCAUCUAUGCGAACUAUGUAUACAGAUUUUAUGUAUGAGUAUUUGUCACUGAAGCAUAUGCAACUCAUCACUGGUAACAUAAACUGCUUAUCACCUGUUUGUUAUCUGCCACACCAUGGGGUUUUGAAGGCUUCGAGUACAACAACGAAACUACGCGUCGUAUUUAAUGCUUCGAAGAAAUGCAGCUCGGGUAAAUCGCUAAAUGACUGUUUAUAUCCUGGUCCUAAGUUGCAGAACGACCUAACAGCGGUUGUGAUGAACUGGCGCCGAUAUCAGGUCGCUCUCACAGGCGAUAUCACUAAGAUGUAUCGGCAAAUCUUGGUUGAUGAACGAGAUGCAGAUCUGCAGCGUAUCGUAUGGAGUCCAACGAAGCAUGAACAUCCAUCGCAUUAUCGAUUAAAUACCGUUACGUAUGGCACCAGCUGUGCGCCUUACCUCGCGAUCAAAGUGCUGCACACUUUGGCAUCAGACGAGAAAUGCAAUUUCCCAGAAGCCACUCAGAUACUACGACAUGAAUUCUACGUUGAUGAUGUUUUGACAGGUGCUGACAACGUUGCCGAUGCGUGCAGACGCCGAAGCGAGCUGCAGACUUUACUUCAAGCAGGAGGGUUCACGUUAUGUAAGUGGAACUCUAAUUCAACCGAAAUUUUGCAAACAAUUAAUCCUACUCAUCUCGAAUUUAAAACUUCACAUGAAUUUCAAAUGGACGAGCAGUCCAAUACAUUGGGUCUAGUAUGGACCCCCAAAUCAGAUUGUCUGACUUUUACGUUAAAGCUUGAUUAUACUAUUACUACCUUCACGAAACGUCAAUUAUUAUCUGAUAUUGCUAAGCUAUUUGAUCCACUAGGGUUUUUAGCUCCUAUUAUAAUCCGAGGCAAGAUCUUUAUGCAGAAGCUUUGGCUUACCGGAUUAGAUUGGAAUGACACUCUACCUGACGACCUUAACGCGGAGUGGGUCACUUUUCGCAAUGAACUUAAGUUGGUGCCUCUGAUACAAAUUGCUCGUUGGAUAAAUAUAUCAAAUACAGCAUAUUCAUAUGAGCUACACGCAUUCGCAGAUGCAUCCAUACAUGCUUAUGCGGCGGUGGUUUACUUAAAGGUCGUUUCCCAUACAUCGGUGAAUAUUCACCUAAUUAUAUCCAAAACAAGAGUUGCGCCCUUGAAGAAGGUUACAAUACCACGACUCGAACUGUGUGCAGCUGUCUUAGCUGCACAAUUGUGUGAUAAGGUACGGGCUACGUUAAACUUACAUCCUAUCUACCUAUUGUUGGUCCGAUUCCACCACAACCAUAUGGUGGAUACGAUCUGA